UAACAAUAUUUUGACUGCCAUACUUUAGAAUUAUCAAAAAACUUACAGCUUGAUAAUAAUGGUUUAUUUAACGUACUGAAAGUCUUAGCCGUGUUUAGAGUCCUGUACAGUGUUAAUUGGACAGAGGUGUUGUACAGACACAUUCGAUAAUCCGUACUGAUCAACAAUGACAGGAAAGUUGACAGAUAAAGACAUGGACCAGCUGGAACAAUGGAUAGGUACAGGUCCAAAAACAUUUACACUGCUCUACGCAAUCACAAGAGAUGGAUGUAAUAACAACAUCUUCCACCAGAAAUGUGACAACCAGGGACCUACAGUAACGGUACUGUAUAACCAACAAGGAUCGGUCUAUGGUGGAUAUACAGGAGGAAACUGGGUUAAUAAUGGCGGAUAUGUUAACGAUGCUACUGCUUUCUUAUACCGGCUCCAUUACAACAAAGUGGUUAAUCCAGUAAAGCUUCCCAUAACAAACGCAACUUAUGCUAUCUAUACAGUACAAGGGCCUACGUUUGGGGGAUACAGUGGAUAUGACCUAUCUACUUUCAAUGGAACAAUUAAUAAUUCUGGCGGUUACUUUGCUCUGAAUGGCAGCAUGAAUCUUGGUUACAACUACAACAAUCAAGGUUUGAAUGCCAACCAGAUCAACAAUGGUACCAUGAAUGUAACUGAACUAGAAGUUUACAAGGUUGCGAAUGGUCAAAGAAAAAAAGCUAUUCAAGAGCCAUGGCGUAAAAUUAAAGGUUGGAACGAAAAGUUCUUGGACGAACUUACUGAAGAUAUUGUGUCAUUCAAACCGCUCCCGGACUUGCAUAUCUCCGAGGCUCGGGUCCUGAUGAUCGGUCCAGUUGGAGCUGGAAAGUCGAGUUUCUACAACACAAUUAACUCCAUAUUCCGGGGCCGUAUCACACAGAGGGCAUGUAGUGGAAGCGCUGAGCAGAGUCUUACAACUGCUUACACUCCCUAUCUUGUGCGAGUUCGAUCCGGGGCUAACCUUAACUUCAAACUGUGUGACACACGUGGGUUAGAAGAAUCGCAGGGUUUGGAUGUACUCGAAUGCAACUAUCUUCUUGAUGGAAAUGUACCAGAGUAUUAUCAGUUCAAUCCUGCAGCACCAAUAUCUCAAGAGACCGACGGCUUUAUAGCCAAACCAACACUCGAAGAUAAAGUACACUGUGUAGUGUUUGUACUGGACUCUACCACGCUUGAGGUUACACCAACAAAAAUCAUUCAGAAAAUGAAAAGUUUUCAAACCCUCAUGAAUCAGAAAGGUAUCCCACAGGCACUUCUUCUGACCAAAGUAGACAAACUCUGUAAAGAUGUAGAGAAAAACGUAUCACAAGUUUUCAAAAGCGAAACGGUAGAAGAACAUGUCGAGAAAGCAUCUCAGCUACUUGGUCUACCACGCGGUAACGUACUUCCGGUGAAGAACUACGAAAAUGAGAUGCAGCUUGAAGAAAAUAUCAGUAUCUUGGCACUUCUUUCUCUGCGGCAGAUUUUGUAUUUCGCGGAAGAUUACAUGGAGAACAUGAUGGACAAGAGGGCAGCUGCACAGCGGAAAACGGAGAAGAUGAAUGUAAAGAAAUAAACAAAACGGACACUAAAUCUGCUAGGAAGCAUAUUUUAUUGAUGAAUUUUGUUUGUAUUUGUUGCAUUCUUUAUAUCUUUAGUUCGGCAUGACAAGUGCCAUAAGAGCUCUUGCUAUACCAGACGUAUGUGCACACUUUGUUAACGACUCUCCCGCAAGUAUUACCCAUCACAAUUGAUACCUUUCCCAUGAUAAUACUAAUUGAAUGACAUGGGUUCCAUAACUUUUGCUAUCAUUUUAAUGAAGUUAUGCCCCUUUUAUGCUUAGGCGUUUUUAUGCCCAAGCCUUAUACUUGAUGUGUGAUAUUUUACUUCUUUUUACUUUGAUGUUCAAAAAGCUCUAAAUAAACAUUCACUAUAACUGGGUGACAUGUCCUUAAAAAAAACCCAGAGCCCAAGCUCAAAAGUCAAUGUCACUUGGAGCCCAGUCCUGAUAAUUUCCUAUCAAUGUGCCACUUUUCAAAGGAAGUACACUUAUGUGUCCUAACAUUAUAUCGCGGGCGCAUCCCUGUCCUGUAGACACAUUUGUAGUUGUCAACAAAAUUCUGUUCGCGAUUGCUAGCGAGUAGGUAUCCCAGUAAAUUCCCGUCUUAAUUUGAUAAAACUUAACAUACUUCGCCAUUGUAGUACCAAUUGCAUGACAUAUGUCCCAUAAGUCUAGAUUGCAUGUUGAAAUCAAAUGAAAUGAUGAAAUAGUACCCAUUUUGUAAUUGGCCAUAUUUGUCGUAGCCUCCAGCCAUUAAAGAUUUACUACCACACUCCAUUUAACCAGUCACAAGACACAUAAAUAGUUGAAAAUUUAAACUUUUUGAGCAUUUUUUUUUCAGUCUAUUUAAUAACAUGUCGCUCAUCUGGCCUUGCACACUAAUUCUAUAACUGUUGUGAAAAUCUUCCUAUACUCACAGUUUGAUGUAGAAAGUAUAUAUUGCAUUGUACAUUGCAAUAACAAAAGCAGUGAAAUGCCGCAGUUUAAGAAAUAAUAUAUCUAAAUCAAAUCAAAUCAAAUCAAAUUUAUUCACUCAGUGCAUCAUACAUGAUACAAACAUGAGGUAUAUAUAUAGUAAUACGUUUUAAACAGCGGUACUUAGCAAAUCUACUUUACAGAGAGCAAACAGAAUAUGUUUCGUAAAACGUAACCAUCUAUCGUUUACAAUUCUUUUUUUACAAUAUUAUUAAUCAUAAAUCUGCGUUAUGAGGACAGUAUAUGUAUGUCGCACGUGGAAAAGAUUCACCACCCCACACCCAGCACCGCACCCAGCACGAGUCCGUUGCUCACUUGACAGAAAAAUCUGUGAAUUCUACCAGACGCACUACACCCAUAGGACGAGCAAGUACCAACGAACCCGUACCGAUGCGACAUACACUUAACAUUAAGUGAAUUUUCUUUUACUAUUUUAGCAAUCAUCGGUAUUCAAGUUUUCGGAUUAACGUUAUUUGAAUAAUUAAUUUGACUAGAUAUAUUUGUUUUGUCGAAUUAAAUGUUGGUUUGAGUCUAGUAUUUGGCACGAAAUUGUGUAUAUUUCAGACUGUCAAAAAGUGACAUCUCCUGUAAAAGCACUGACCGUCUGUCUUUUGUUUAUGAAUAAUAGCUUUGGGUAGUUCAUUCAAAUUUGUAUAAUACUUUGGAAAGAAGAUUAAAAUUUAAUUGCAACUCUAUUUUAAUUUUCUAUGAAAGAAAUCUUGCUAUGAUGUGUAUAUUUAAAUUUUAUGGUUAGUUGUGCGUGAUGCAUGGAUUACAUGCAUUUUUGUAGUUUAAGUUAAGUUGAUACACAAGUUUGGACUUGCCGUUUCUUCGUGCUAUUUUGAAAGAGUGUAACUUCAGUUUGGAUAUUAAGAAGGAAGGGUGAAGGAUGUUGUUAAAUUAUGUUCGUGAUUGGCUUAUAAGCGAUGCGAGUUUAAUGUCAUCUAUCUAGUAUUCUUAUUAUGCUGUGGUGCUUUAUAUAUUGAGAGAACUUUGUACUUGCGUUGUCCAACUGUGUAUUCUAAUAAGUGUGUUUGGGUAUUAUAUUAUACUGGUGUGGAUAUUUGAUAAUGGAUAUGCGGUUGCUUUGCUGUCAGACUGGCUGCUGGUCAUUUUACGUCAUAGCGUGUAAGCUUGUAAAUAGUUUAAUUAAUGCGCUUAUUGUUGUGAAGUUAAAAUAUUUCAAACUGUUGAAAUGAUACCUGCUUCUGACUACGGUCAAUGUACGAAGUGUAUGUAAUAUUUUUACAUCAUUCAAGCAAAUUGGUUUAUAUAAAUAUAUGGCUAUAUACAGCAUGUCAUGUGCUAUUAGACAAUAGUACAAUAGAGGGUUACCAAUUCAAAUGUAUACGCAUGCAUGUAUUCACAGAUGGAGGUUUUUGGGUGGUACUUCUAUCUGGUGGAGGAUUAAAUUGGAGAUAUUAAUGCUCGAUAAUUGGGAUAAUUGAACUUGUGGGUCUUGGUUUCUUCUUACAUUUCUUAGUUAUUGCUAAUUAAAUAUUUUUUGUUAAGUAAAGUGACUUUGUGGUAUUAGGUUAGGCAAGUCAAUGUAGUCUCACAAGUGAUCUUAACGAAACGAAAUGUAAGAAGACUUUAUACAUGCAUGCCUAUACUGUGUAAUGGUAUCACCUUUAAUGAAUGAACUCUAUUCAUAUGACCUAUGACCUCUGUAAAUUUCCACAGCAUGCAUCUCCACUCUCUAUUGUUAUAUAUAUACAUGUAUAUAUCAAUGAUUCCCGCCAAAGCCCAGUCCUUAGAAUAAACUAGUACAGUCAA